AUGGAUGAGAGAAAAGGAGCCAGUACAUUAAUAGCAGCAGCAAAAGAUUUUAGAAGCUGGAUACAAGAUAUGGAGCUGGUAGAUUUAGAGUUGAAUGAUUGUAAAUUUACUUCAUUCAAGGGCCAAUCAUGCAGUCGUAUUGAUCGGGUGUUGGUUAGCGUGGAAUGGGUUGAAGAGUUUCCUAAGACGCGACUUAAAGAGUUACCAAGAUAUUCUAAUGUUACUUGGGUGGUGUUGGCUCCGAAAUUUGUUGAAGCUAGAGAGAUCAAAGAUCUUUGGCCGAUUAGCAUAGUCGGAUGUGUGUAUAAGGUCAUAUCGAAUGUGCUAGUUCGGAGAAUGCAUAGGGUAAUGUCAGGAUUAGUAGGAGAGACUCAGAGUGAUUUUGUGAAUGGUAGGAAGAUACAUGAUGAGACUUUGAUUACGUGUGAGACGAUAAAGUGGUUGAAGACGAGUAAGAAGAGGUUGGCAAUAAUCAAGCUGGAUUUCCAAAAAGCUUAUGAUAGAGUGAAGUGGACUUUUAUGGAUAUUGUACUUCAGAAGAUGGGGAUGGUAAGAGAGGCAGUAAGAAAUGGAAAGAUUGCUCCUCUGCUGGUUAGUAAGAACAAUAUUGAGUUAUCCCACGCAAUUUGCAGACGACACCAUACUAUUUUGCCCACAAAAAAGGAGACUGUCAGGAACUACAAGCGGCUUCUGCGGUGUUUUGAGAUGAUGUCAGACUUGAGUAUUAAUUUUUAUAAAGCUAGCUUUAUUCCGGUUAAUUGUGAGCAUGAGUUGGUACAAAGGAUGUGUAGAGUGCUGGGGUGCAAAGAAGCUUCGCUGCCAGUCAAAUAUCUGGGUAUUUCUCUGGGAGCGAAUAUGAGAUUGGUCAAGACUUGGAAGCCAAUAAUUGACAAAGUGAAAGAGAAGUUCAGUUUGUGGAAAGCCAAAAUGCUCAAUAAAAAUGGUAAGUUCAUCUUUAUUAGAUCUAUACUGAAUAGCCUGCCAAUUUACUACUUCAACUUAUAUAAGAUGCCCAGAGCAGUAGUAGAGAAGUUGAUCUCCUUGCAGAGGAGGUUCUUGUGGAGUGGAGAGGAUGGCAAGCACGGGUGGUGGUGGCCGUUUUCGAAGAAAAAUGGUUCAUUAUGGAAGAAAAUUGUGUGCCCUUGCAAUGACAUGAACCCAAAUAUUCCAUUUUCUAGUAAGCCUGUACCUAAAAGAGGAGGUCCAUGGAGGAAUAUUUGUCAGCUACAGAUAAAAGAUCAGCAGGUGAGGGAUAAGAUGGUCAAAGGGUUGUCUUUGGAGAUAGAGGAUGGAAGAAGAAUUUGA